CCUCUCCUCCCACCGUCUGGGGCAGUGCUGCCCUCCCGCCAAGACAGCCAAAGCUGGGGAGGCCCGGGGCCCUGUGGAGCCAGAGGGGGCGGGCCACAGCAUGUCGACAGCCCAGGGCUCCGUGAUGUCAUAGCGGGUGCUCAGGAGGGGGAGGGGGUCCGGCUGUUUUUCUGGAGAGUUAGAGCCGGAGUGAGACAAAGCCGCCGGGGCUGGGCUGGGGCCAUGGAGCUGCCGUCCCGCGUCCUGCUGUGGAAACUUGUGCUUCUGCAGAGCUCUGCUGUUCUUCUGUAUGCAGGGCCCUCGGGGCCCGCGAGCGCGGGCAGCUCCGUGGUUUCCGAGUCCAGGGUGAGCUGGGCAGCAGGCUCUGUGGCGGUGCUGCGCUGCCAGAGCCCGCGCAUGGUGUGGACCCAAGACCGGCUGCACGACCGCCAGCGCGUGGUCCACUGGGACCUCAGCGGCGGCCCGGGCGGCCCCGCGCGCCGCCUGGUGGACAUGUACUCGGCGGGCGAGCAGCGCGUGGGCGAGCAGCGCGUGUACGAGCCGCGCGACCGCGGCCGCCUCCUGCUGUCGCCCUCCGCCUUCCACGACGGCAACUUCUCGCUGCUCAUCCGCGCGGUGGAGGAGACAGACGAGGGGCUGUACACGUGCAACCUGCACCACCACUACUGCCACCUCUACGAGAGCCUGGCCAUCCGCCUCGAGGUCACCGACAGCCCCCGGGCCGCCCGCGCGUACUGGGACGGCGAGAAGGAGGUGCUGUCGGUGCGGCGCGGCGCGCCCGCGCUGCUGACCUGCGUGAACCGCGCGCACGUGUGGACCGACCGGCACCUGGAGGAGGCGCAGCAGGUGGUGCACUGGGACCGGCAGCCGCCGGGGGUGCCGCACGACCGCGCGGACCGCCUGCUCGACCUGUACGCGUCGGGCGAGCGCCGCGCCUAUGGGCCACCGUUCCUGCGUGACCGCGUGGCGGUGGAGACGGACGCCUUUGCGCGCGGCGACUUCUCGCUCCGCAUCGACCCGCUGGAGCCCGCCGAUGAGGGCACCUACUCCUGCCACCUGCACCACCACUACUGCGGCCUGCACGAGCGCCGCGUCUUCCACCUGCGAGUCACCGAGCCCGCCGCGCAGCCGCCUCCCGGGGACUCGCCGGGCAACGGCUCCAGCCACGGCGGCGCCCCGCGCCCAGACCCCACGCUGGCGCGCGGCCGCAGCGUCAUCAACGUCAUCGUGCCCGAGAGCCACGCCCACUUCUUCCAGCACCUGGGCUACGUGCUGGCCGUCCUGCUGCUGUUCAUCCUGCUGCUGACCACGGCGCUGCUGGCCGCGCGCCGGCGCCGCCGAGGUUACGAAUACUCGGACAAGAAGCCAGGGAAGCCCCGGGGGAAGGACCUGAACAUGGUGGAGUUUGCUGUGGCCACAGGGGACCAGGCUCCUUACAGGAGUGAGGACAUCCAGCUCGAUUUCAAAAACAACAUCCUGAAGGAGAGGGCUGGGCUGGCACACAGCCCCCCGCCUGCCAAGAACAUCGACUUAGACAAAGGUGAGUGGCUGGGGGGCACGUCCCCAGCCCACCCCAGAGCCCUGCCAUAUCCCAUUCUGCCCCCUCCCAGGACCCCCAAAGACAGGCACCAGCCCGCCACAUGGGCAGGAGCCCCCCCCACCCCCGUGGCUCCCAAGCUGCUGGAAGUCCUGCGGAGCAUCUGCCCUGAGCUUCCCACUGGGGAGAAGUCAGAGGACAGACGCCAGCCUGUCCGCUUGGCUUCCAGAGUUCAGGAAGGAAUACUGCAAAUAAAGUGACCCCGGGCUUCUGGCUGGGCCAGCAGCUCUGUCAACUCCUGUCUGUCCACCUCGGGGGACAUUUCCUGACCCUCAUGCAGCUCACCUGGCCCCCUUCCAGCGGCUGGUCCCGCUUUUCUGGAACUUGGCCAGGCGCAGAGGCCACCUCCACAUCCCUCUCCCAGGGACUCUGUGGCAGUGCAGCCACCGCCCCACCCAGAUCACUAGUGACUCUGCUGCACAGCCUCUGUGACGGCCCCAGGGGCUGGGGCAGGAAGACACUCUUGAAGGGGGCUCUGUCAGAACAGGCAGCCUGUGGGGAGCUGGGGUCAGCCUCAGGGCUGGCAUCCCCACCGCCACUCCUCCGGGGAGCUGCCUGCUGCCACUGAGCUCCCAAGCCCUCCCCACUGCACUGUACAUUACUCAGAGCCCCCAGGCCAUGCUCUGCUCUGCAUGGGGACCUGAGGAUCAGGGAACACCAGGACCCAGGCUAAGGCUCCUCUGUGUUGCUUUGGACCCCCGGGGGCUGCCCCAUGGCCCUCUCUGCUUUCCACUCCUGCUCCAGCUGUGCUCUCCACGAGAGCUGUCCUGACAGUCACUGGGCUCCAUGUGACUUUUGACCCUGACACCCUUCCCUUGGCUCCUUCCUGAGCUGGAGCUGGGGGCUGGGGCCGCAUUUGGCUUCUGUAUCGGCUGAGGACAGGGGAAGGGGUGAAGACAGUUCCGGGGUAGCCCGUGCUGCCACUCCUGACACCCCACAUUUGCUCCUGCUGGUGGAAUUGCUACUUUCACAAUAAAGGCCACAUCGAUUUUUAGACUUA